AUCUUGGCUGUGUAAACGACACUGGUAACGCAGCUUAUAGUCGAACAACUGAUUUCAUAGUGAAGAAGGGGUGAAGUGAAGGAUUUUGAAAAACGAACGAGAAUCACCAACAUCCACCGCUGGAACGCCAGCGACCACCCCCGAUAACACAGAGAGACCUCAACUACACGGAUAUUCAGCAACAGACAGCGUCGAUACGUGCAGUGGAUAAGCGCGGAAAUUAUUUCUUGUCUCUUGCGCCCCGGGGCUUGAACUGACACAACAGAGGAACGCGCUCUCGAGCGACCCACGCCAAGUUGAGGGGCUGAGCGUCCGGCACGAGGUGGACAGGAGAAGAUAGUGGUUGUCAGAGAGACUCCAGUAGUUGCCGAGCCAUCAGGAUGGCGUCGGCACUUGUAUCAUACGGAGGUGCGUGCGAGGAACAGGGAUGGAAGGCAUCGUUGAAAUUGCCUCCAAAAGACAACAGAAAGAAAACGUCGGAUGUCACCGCAACGAAAGGCAACGAGUUCGAAGAUUUCUGCCUAAAACGGGAACUCCUCAUGGGAAUCUUCGAAAAAGGAUGGGAGAAGCCAUCCCCUAUUCAAGAAGCAUCGAUACCGAUCGCUUUGCUCGGACGGGACAUUCUCGCUAGAGCGAAAAACGGCACAGGGAAGACCGGAGCGUACACUAUUCCCGUUAUGCAGAAAAUUGAUACAAGCAAAGAUUGCAUCCAAGCUCUCGUCAUUGUGCCCACUCGAGAACUGGCCCUGCAGACGUCACAGAUCUUUAUCGAAGUAGCGAAACACACGACAGCCCGAAUAAUGGUUACGACCGGAGGAACCAAUUUGAAGGAUGAUAUAAUGCGUAUCUAUGAAAACGUGCACGUCAUCAUCGCAACGCCGGGCCGCAUCCUCGACCUCAUGGAUAAGAAGGUCGCCAAGAUGUCAAACUGCCAAAUGCUGGUCCUCGACGAAGCCGAUAAACUUCUAUCCCGGGAUUUCCAGGGCCUGCUCGACAGGGUGAUCUCAUUCUUGCCACAGGAAAGGCAAAUCCUCCUCUAUUCUGCAACGUUCCCCCUGACCGUCGAGGAGUUCAUGCGUCGCCAUCUCAAGAAUCCCUACGAGAUCAAUCUCAUGGAGGAGCUCACCCUCAAGGGUGUCACACAGUACUACGCGUUCGUGCAGGAACGCCAGAAAGUCCAUUGCUUGAACACAUUGUUCUCGAAGCUUCAGAUCAACCAGUCGAUCAUUUUCUGCAACUCUACUCAACGUGUUGAACUUUUAGCGAAGAAGAUCACCGAUCUCGGCUACUCGUGCUUCUACAUUCAUUCAAAGAUGUCGCAACAACACCGCAACAGGGUGUUCCACGAUUUCCGUGCAGGUCAAUGCAGGAAUUUAGUUUGUUCGGAUCUGUUUACGCGAGGUAUCGACAUCCAGGCCGUGAACGUCGUUAUCAACUUCGAUUUCCCGAAGAACGCUGAGACCUACCUGCACCGAAUAGGUCGAUCCGGAAGAUUCGGGCAUCUCGGUAUCGCCAUCAAUCUAAUCACUUACGACGACAGAUUCGCCCUGCAUCGUAUCGAGACUGAGCUACAGACCGAAAUCAAGCCGAUCCCAAAACAAAUCGAUAAGAGCCUCUACGUAGCCGAGUUCCAACAAGAAGAGAAUUAAAUUGACCAAUGGGUUCGACUAGCUUACGGAUCGAGGACAGUUUAAUGAACAGAAGCAAACAAACAGACAAAGGAAAACAAACCAGGCAAGCUAAGGAAACUCACUAUCUAUCAGCGAAGCUAUCAGUCUAUCUACCUAUCGAUCUACCCGUUCAUCAAUUCAUCAUUCAUCCAAUCAUCAAUCCAUCCAUUCAUUCAUUCACUUGAGCAUUGACUUCGAGGAUGGCUCCGUCAGAGCUCUUUCUUCGACCU